AUGCCGCUUCUUUCACUCCCGACCGACCCCUCCGCGAUGGAGGCGGCGGCGGUCGUCAAGGCUAUGCAUGUGGACGCAAAGCGUGGACUCUCUGCAGCCGAGGUGGAGGAGCGACGCGAACAAUUCGGCCGUAACAAACUCCCUACGGAGCCGCCAACCCCUUUUUGGAAGUUGGUUCUGGCGCAGUUUGAAGACACGCUUGUUCGCAUUCUUCUUCUGGCGGCCAUGACGAGUUUCGUGAUGGCCCUUAUUGAAAAGAAUGCCACAGAUUUUGUGGAGCCUUUUAUCAUCCUCCUCAUUCUUGUGCUAAACGCGGCGGUUGGGGUGUGGCAGGAAAAUCGCGCGGAGGGUGCGAUUGAAGCACUCAAGUCAUUCGUUCCCAAACUUGCCGUGGUGUUACGCGAAGGCAAGACGGUCACGGUGGAGGCAGAGGAUCUGGUGCCUGGUGACAUUGUUGAGGUGGCGGUGGGAAACCGUGUUGCGGCGGACAUGCGUGUGUUGGAGUUGCACAGCACGACGCUGCGCGCCGACCAGGCAAUUCUUAACGGUGAGUCUGUGGAGGCAAUGAAGGGUGUAGAGCCUGUACGUGGACAUCAUGAGCGCUUCGCUGCAAGCAUGGUUUACAGCGGAACAGCGAUUGUGUACGGCAAGGCGCUUUGUGUUGUGGUGCGCACCGGCGUUUCCACCGAAAUCGGCUCCAUUGAAAGAAAUGUGCGGGAGCAGGAGGAAGUGAAGACGCCGCUGCAGAUCAAAUUGGAUGAGUUUGGUGUGUUGCUGUCCAAGGUGAUUGGCUACAUCUGUCUAGCGGUGUUCGUCAUCAACAUGGCGCGCUGGUACACGGUGCACACACCGACGCCAAAUGAGCCAUGGUACGAGCGCUUCAUCGCGCCGGCAAUCCAUUGCCUGAAGGUGGCCAUUGCGCUGGCCGUUGCGGCCAUUCCUGAGGGACUUCCUGCCGUCGUCACAACCUGCCUUGCGCUUGGCACACGACGCAUGGCGCGGCACCACGCCCUGGUGCGCGAUCUCCCAAGCGUGGAGACCUUGGGACGUUGCACCGUCAUCUGCUCCGACAAAACGGGCACCUUGACGACAAACAUGAUGUCCGUGCUGGAGAUCUUCACAAUGUGCUCGGGUGGCGCGCUGAAGGAGUACGGGCUGAAGGACUCGAGGUUCAACGUGGUGCCAAAUGUCGUGACGUGCGGCGGCAAGCCGGUGGCCUCGGCCGUGGAGUCGGACGCGGCUCUCGGGAUGCUGGCUAGCAUCGCCGCCCUCUGCAACGAUGCCUCACUCCACUUCAAUCCGGCCACAGGUCAGGUGGAGAAGGUGGGCGAGGCAACAGAGGCGGCGUUGCUCGUGAUGAGCGAGAAACUCGCCCAGCCCACGGAUCCUGCUGCCGUCUGCGCCUUCCGCAAGCUCACCGAGCAAAAGUGGAUUAAAAACACAACGCUGGAGUUUACCCGUCAACGUAAAUCUAUGAGCGUACACGCCACUUCGGCGACGUCUGCCAAACUGAACAGUUUAUUUGUAAAAGGGGCUCCAGAGGAGGUUCUGCGGCGCUCAACGCAGUUUAUGCAAGACGACGGUGUUGUUCUUCCUUUGAGUGACGCAAUGCGUUCACGCAUCAUGGCGAAACUGGAUGUCAUGUCCGGGAGCGAACACGCACUCCGCUGCAUCGGAUUUGCCUUUAAAUCAACAAGCCCUGUACGAGAGCUAAAGCUUACCGAGCCAGCUUUAUUUGAGGAGGUUGAGUCGGAUCUCACGUUUGUUGGGGCAUGUGGCAUGCUCGAUCCCCCGCGUGAAGAGGUUAGGCAGGCUAUUGACAGCUGCCGCACCGCGGGCAUCCGCGUCAUGGUCAUCACCGGCGAUCGCAAGGAGACGGCAGAGGCCAUAUGCAGGAAACUUGGUUUGAUGCCCGCGACAGACACCACUGGAUUAAGUUACACGGGAGCUGCGUUUGAUGCGAUGAGCCUUGCAGAGAAGCGAAACGCGGUGAUGUCGGCGGUACUGUUUAGUCGCACCGACCCUUCCCACAAGAUGCAGCUGGUGAAAUUACUACAGGAGCAAAAACUCAUUUGUGCCAUGACUGGCGAUGGCGUGAACGACGCCCCCGCCCUGAAACGGGCGGAUAUUGGUAUCGCCAUGGGGAGUGGCACGGAGGUGGCAAAGGCUGCCAGCAAGAUGGUGCUGGCGGAUGACAACUUUGCCACCGUCGUCAAGGCGGUGGGGGAGGGUCGCUCAAUCUUCAACAACACAAAGCAGUUUAUCCGCUACUUGAUUAGCAGCAAUAUUGGCGAAGUUGCGUGUAUUCUCCUGACAGGCCUCUGCGGCCUCCCGGAGGCCCUCUCACCGGUCCAACUGUUGUGGGUGAACCUCGUCACGGACGGUCUUCCAGCUACCGCCCUCGGUUUCAAUGCGCCGGAUGACGACAUCAUGGAGCAGCCCCCGCGUCGCGUGGACGAGCCCAUCGUGAAUGGAUGGCUCUUCCUUCGCUACAUGGUGAUUGGCCUGUACGUGGGCGUCGCCACGGUCGGCGGCUUCUUGUGGUGGUUCCUUAGCCACGGGUUCAGCUGGCGCGAACUCACCAGCUACGCGGCCUGUACCGACAUGCAGGACGCCAAGUGCGCCAUACUCGCCGACCCGGAGGCGGCGCGCGCCAUCGCCCUGUCGAUUCUCGUCUUGGUGGAGAUGCUGAACGCGCUGAAUGCGCUGAGCGAGAAUGCCUCUCUCAUCACGACACGGCCAUCCAGCAACGUCUGGCUCUUGCUCGCCAUCUUCUCCUCGCUUGCGCUGCACUUGCUGAUUAUGUACGUGCCCUUCUUGGCGUCGCUAUUUAACAUCGCCCCACUCGGCGUUGACCCCCAAAUUGUGAAGCAGGCACAGCCUUUUAGCGUCCUUGUUCCGUCCAACUUUGACGACUGGAAGGCGGUGAUCGUCUUUAGCGUGCCGGUAAUCUUCAUUGACGAGCUGCUCAAGUACAUCACCCGGCACACGCAGGCCCGCCACGAAAAGAAGAACAACUGA